AUGACCAUUUCGAGCGAACUCCCCGCGAUUCGGCAACCGAGACCAAAGCAGUCCGCGGAACAUGAGGUCAUGAUUUCCAAGCAACGCCAACCGCUCAUGUCGCGCGAAAAGGCCAUGGUCUACCGAUUCAUUGGCAUCACCGCCUGGAUUCUUCAAACCUUUAACUGGCUGUACGGGUUCUUUAUGAAUAUAGAUGCCUGGAAUCCACUAAGACCGCUGUUUCUCGGCGCCACAUUCUCACUGGUAGUCGCUCUCCAUUUCAAAGACACUCCUAUAGCUACUCGGGUCAGAUUGUGGUUACACGCUACCUUGUUAUAUUUCGCCUUCAAUAUUUCCGGCGGAUGUCUUUGGACUAUAGCUUCGAUGUUUGCAAGAGCCGGGGGGUCCAGGGAUUCUAUCAUGGUAUGGCUCGUCGGUGUAUACUGGUGGAUAAUCGUCACCGCUAUUAUCUGGGGCUUCCUCGUUUCGAUAGGACCCCAGGACGAGUCCGACAUCGGGCUGCCAUAUUGGUUCAAGGAGUUCCUCCCAUAUGCCCUGGCGAAGGAUAUCAAAGAAAUAGACUCCAACAAAGAGCGCUCGGGCAUCCAAAAGAAGAAGCAGUGA